UUAAGCUCCCGGCCCAUUUGCUAAACUAGGCGCCAACUCCUCGCCGCCUCCCGCGAUUUCCUCCCCAAUCCAUUUCGCUCCUCCUCCGCCCCGUCGACGAACAGAGCGGUCCGUGCCAUGCCGCGGCAGGGGCGACGGGGAAGAGGGCGCGACCGGCCGGGCCGCGCCUGAGCGAGGUGGGGUGAUCGGGCGGCGCCAAUGGACGAGUCCGGGGACGCCGGCAGGGGAGGGAGGGGCGGCGGGAGGUCGAGGCAGAAUGGGGGCCGCUCGUCGGUUCGGCUCGGCGUGCGGAUGGAGUUCAGGUUCUCCGGCUUCCACGCCGUUCAGGUACCAGUAGUAUCAGACAGGCUGCUCAUUACAAUCACGUCAGUAGACAGUGGAAAAACAAUUGCCAAGUCAAGUAAAGCGGCUGCUAUUAAUGGAGCCUGUCAAUGGCAUGACUCCAUCCUGCAAGCAAUUCGGUUUCCUAAAGAUGAAGUGUCACACGAAUUUCAGGAGUGCCAGUGCAAGAUUGUUGUUUCCAUGGCAUCAACAAGAACUGCUGUUCUUGGGGAAGCGUACCUAAAUCUGACGAACUAUCUCAGUUCAUCAGACUCCACUGACAUCUCUUUGCCAUUGGACAAGUGCAAUUCUGGCACAGUUUUACAGCUUAAGAUUCAAUGUCUUGGUGCAAAAUCUAAAUCAAGUGGGAAAUCAUGGAAAGAGCUAUCUUCUAAUCUUAAGGAGAGUCCAACCAAUGAUGAGAUGGACAAAAAGCCAGACGUCUUUGACAUUCUGUUGAAGUUGAACAAGGGUGCUCAGUCUUUGUCAGAAAAUAAUUUAGAAGCUGAUAAUGCAGAUGAAUCUGGAAAUAGGGAUGCAAGUUUCUCAGCAUCAAAGUCUCAUGGUGAUGAUUCAUCCAAAAAUCACCUUGACACCGCCGAAGAAAAACUUGAGGAAUUACGUAACGCGGCAAAAAUGUGGGAGAGACAUUCUCGCAAGUUGAAAAUUGAACGGAAGACAUUGAAGAAUGAGUGUGCUGACAAAUCCAAGCAACAGGCUGAGCUAGAACGGCAACUUUCUGCUUCACUUUCUGAACAGGAUUCCUUGAGGCAAGAAAUUGAACAAGUAACAGCCCAACUGAACAAGACCCAAGAGACCAAUAUAGAGCUUGUUUCCAUUCUCCAAGAACUGGAAGAAACGAUAGAACUGCAGAGAGUGGAAAUGUCCAAACUUCCCCAAGUGAGUGAUGUGGCUGACCACGAGGUCUCCAAAAGUGAAUCGACAGUUCAAGAAGCUGCAGAAUGGGCUAGAAUACUGUCACAAAAAGAAGAUGAAAUCACAGUGUUGAGGGAGAAACUGAACCGUGUUCUCAAAAUGGAGAAUGCAGAUGGUGCAGGCCCAGAUGCUAUUUAUCUUGAAUUGGAAAAAGAAAAUGAUUUUUUGAAGGUCAAAAUGCAGGAGCUUGAGAAUGACUGUUCUGAAUUAACGGAGGAAAAUUUCAGGCUUAUAUACAAGUUGAAAGAAGCGAGUGGGGUGGCGAAAGAAGAGGAUCCCUGCAUUUCUAAUAGUGAAGAAAUGCCCAAUGUGGGGAGCCCAACAUAUAAGAUAAAACACCUAGAGAGAAAAUGUGCUGACCUUGAGUUGAAUCUGGAGAAUUUUAGGUCCGAGUUCAGUGGGCUAGAAGAGAAGUUCCAGAAAAGCCAAGAGGAGUUAAAAGAGAGAACACUUGAAUUAUCUGAGCUGAGGGAAAAGCUCUCCCAUGCCACUGAACUGGAGGGGGCUGACACUGGUAGUUCAAAACAUUACAGACUGAGAAGUGAAGAACCUGAUGAUACUGAAACUGACUUAGAUGUGUUGAAGCGUACAGUUCAGCUGAAAGAACAAGAGAUCGAUGGUUUGCAACACUAUACGAGAGAAAUGGAGAACACCAUUGCUGAUAUUCAGAAAGAGAAGAGUCAGUUAGAGGAACGUUUGGCAGCAUCACUUGAAGAAAGUAGCAUGACUUCAAAAUGCUUGGAUGAAGCGCGUGAAAAUCUCCGUGUGCUUACCAGCAGUGUAGAUUCCCAUGUUUCUGCCAAUGAGGUUCUCGAAACAAAGAUCAGUGAGCUUGUGCGCACAGUUAUGCUGAAAGAACAGGAGAUCGAUGGUUUGCAACUUUGUAGGGGAGAAAUGGAGAACACCGUUGCUGAUAUUCAGAAGGAGAAGAGUCAGUUAGAGGAACGUUUGGCAGCAUCACUUGAAGAAACUAGCAUGACUUCAAAAUGGUUGGAUGAAGCGCGAGAAGAACUCCUUGUGCUUACCAGCAGUGUAGAAUCCCAUGUUUCUGCCAAUGAGGUUCACGAAACAAAGAUCAGUGAGUUUGUGCGUACAGUUAUGCUGAAAGAACAGGAGAUCGAUGGUUUGCAACUUUGUACUAGAGAAAUGGAGAACACCGUUGCUGAUAUUCAGAAGGAGAAGAGUCAGUUAGAGGAACGUUUGGCAGCAUCACUUGAAGAAAGUAGCAUGACUUCAAAAUUGUUGGAUGAAGCGCGGGAAGAUCUCCUUGUGCUUAGCAGCAGUGUAGAUUCCCAUGUUUCUGCCAAUGGGGUUCUCGAAACAAAGAUCAAUGAGCUUGUGCGUACAGUUAUGCUGAAAGAACAGGAGAUCAAUGGUCUGCAACAUUGUACGACAGAAAUGGAGAACACUAUUUCUGAUAUUCAGAAGGAGAAGGAUCAGCUAGAGGAACGUCUGGCAGCAUCACUUGAAGAAAGUAGCAUGACAUCAAAAUGCUUGGAUGAAGCGCGAGAAGAUCUCCUUGUGCUUACCAGUAGCGUAGAUUCUCAUGCUUCUGCCAAUAAGGUUCUCGAAACAAAGAUUAGCGAGCUUGAAAGCCGCAAAGUUGAACUAGAGUUGCUUGUAACAAAGCUGGAACAAGAGAAUAUUGAGUUUUCCGAGUUCAUAUCUGAACUAGAGGCUCAGUUGACUUCUCUCACAAGUGAAGAGGAGUCAACCAGGCUAGAAAUGGAUUAUUCUAUAGCACUUAUCGCAAAUCUUAAGGAUUUAGUAGAACAGCAGCAAGCAGAGAUGGAAGCUCAAAAGCUGGAAAUGAAGCAAAAGCAUUUGGAGUCCCAAACUAGAUUGUCAGAAGUACAAGAGGAUUCGGAGGCUCUAAGAAGAUCAAAUGCAAAACUACAGGCCACAAUUGAUAGUGUUGCUGAAGAAUGCAGUUCUCUUCAGACUCUAACAACUGACCUAAAGAAGCAGAAGCUGGAAUUACAUGACCAUUGUGCACAGCUGGAGCAGCAAUUAGAUCAAUCAAAAAGGAAGACAAUGGAUUUGUUCGAAACAGCAGAGUUCCUAGAGGCAAAACUCUCUACACUUCAAAAAGAGGUAACUUUAAAAGAGCAAUCUUUGCUUUCAGAGCUGGAGAAUAUAUUCCAGGAGCACAAGGAACACGAAGAAAGGAUAAAUAGUGCACAUUUCCUUUUACACAAGAUAGAGAACGAAAAGAUUGGUGAAGUGAAGAAUCUUGAGAGGGAGGUCAUGAACCUUACUGCACAGCUGUCCUCCACAGACGGGGAGAAAGAAAGUGCCGCCUUGGAUAGCAUACAUGAGGUCUCCAUCCUGCGAGCAGACAAGGCUAAACUUGAGGCUAACCUUGAAGAUGUCAGUGCACAAAUGAGACAUUAUCAGUCUCAGUUGGAAGAUCUUCGUACAGAGUCUAAAACCAAAAUUAAAGGCCUGAUUGAUUCGCUUAACGCAUCCAAACAUAAUGAGGAAACGCUGACAACAGAUGUUGAGCAUAUGACAAGAUUGAUGGAAGCUGCUAGAUCCAAUGAAGAAAACUUAAGGAAAACUUCAGACGAACUAGAGUUGAAGUAUAAAUCCAGUGAUUAUGAGAAACAGGAAGUAAUGGAGGAAAUUUCUGGACUAAAAAUCCAGGUUAGCAAAAUGGCAAGCAUCCAAGAUGAAGUUUUCAAACUACAAAGUUCUCUUGAUCAGGCUAAGUUUGAAAAGACAAAAUUAGAAGAGCGUCUGCAGUCACUAUCUGAAGAAUGUGAAGAACUAAAGGUGCAGAAUGCCAUGUUAACAGACAAAGUCUCUUGUAUCCAGAGUACUUUGCAUGAUGCUGAUGAAGAAAAUCGUCAUAAAUCCACUCAAGCAAAGCUUGUAGUAAAUAAGGGUAAUGACGACGCUGCUAAUGACAAUGGAGGUACUCAUGUUAAUGAAGAUCUAGACAUUCACUCAAAGCUAGAAUUACUGGAGACUAGACUUGCUGAUGCAUUGGAGGAAAAUAAAUCAUAUAGGGCGCAGCUGCAAAGUCCAACGGGAGAGGGACAACUCAGUAGCAGGGAUGAAAAGGAUAACAAGGAUGGGAACAGGAUAGCACAACUGGAGUCAGAGCUAAAAGACAUGCAGGAUCGGUUACUCAACGUGAGCAUGCAAUAUGCAGAAGUGGAGGCUCAACGAGAAGAACUAGUUAUGGAGUUGAAAAGUGCAACUGCAAGGAAGGGACGAUGGUUCUAGGGGAUGACGAGCAACUGUGUGCCAUAACCGUAAGGCCCACAGUCCACAGUACAGAUAAUGUGUCAUAAAAUUGGGCUAAACUACACUUAUCAAGUGAUGCGUGAGCGUGAGUACAUCAAUCAGUUUUUAUGUCCUCAUAACGACAUGGUUGUCUAAUUAUCAGGACAUAUUUUGUCGACGUCGGAGGGUACCGGCAUUCCCAGACAACCACCGUGCAAGAGCUGAGUAAUUCCAAGCAAGUGCAGAACUGGAUAUGUGCUCUGAGCUGCACCGGAAGCUGUGCCCCCAAAAGAAUAAAAUGCUCAUGGUUCUCACUUCUCAGGUCUCAGUGAUGAAGCAAUCACAUGGCAACAACCAUUCACAGUUAGCAGUUGGGAGGCCCUACUACACUUAGUCUCAACCGAUUAUUAGUUAUCACAAGCAUAUGUGGUGCUAGGGGAUAGCCUACAAUUCAUCGGUUCAUAUAACCACACAGACCACUCUUCCCUUUACACAGAGCCAACAUAACCGUUGGUUAGUUCAUCUUUGUAAAUUAAUCAACUGCUGAUAAGUGUAGUUUCUCUUGCUGAAUUGUAUAGUUGGUCACGUGAUAUCCUUUUUGUAGGCUAA